AUGAACAAACCAGAUAGUACGUGGCGAGCAGAAAACAUGAACAAGUCAGAUAGUACCUGGCGAGCAGAACACAUGAACAAGCCAGAUAGUAAGUGGCGAACAGAACACAUGAACCAGCCAGAUAGUACGUGGAGAGCAGAACACAUGAACAAACCAGAUAGUACAUGGCGAGCAGAAACCAUGAACAAGUCAGAGAAACACAUGAACAAACCAGAUAGUACGUGGCAAGCAGAAAACAUUAAGAAGUCAGAUAGUACCUGGCGAGGAGAACACAUGAACAAGCCAGAUAGUACGUGGCUAGCAGAACACAUCUACAAGCCAGAUAGUACGUGGGGAGCAGAACACUUGGACAAGCCAGAUAGUAUGGGGUGA